AUGGUUACGACACUUCCAUUUGGCGGCCAGCAGGUUCCCGUUCCCGGCUUUGGCGCUAUGGGACUUAAUUCCGCCAUGGGGACAGAUUUCGAUCUCGCACAGUCUGAGCCUGUCCUUUUGAAAGCUAUCGAGCUCGGCUGUACAUUCUGGGAUACUGCGGUUGCCUACAAGGCUGGUGAAAAUGAGAAGUUGCUGGGAGAAUUCAUAAAGAAGUACCAGGUCCGCGAUAAGCUUUUCGUGGCCUCCAAGUGUGGAUUCGAUGUCUUCGGACCCCAGCGGACGGUUACGAACUCCGCCGCUCACAUCAAGGAAUACAUCGAGGGGACAAUCAACAGACUUGGGUUCACUCCUGAUCUUUACUAUCUCCACAGAAUUGAUCCCAACACUCCCCUCGAGGAAUCCAUUGGCGCCCUGGAUGAACUCCGCCGCAGCGGAAAAACAAAGUACAUUGGCCUCUCUGAAUGCUCUGCUGCCACUUUGCGCAAGGCCAAUUCCAUCGCAAAGAUUGAUGCCGUUCAGGCUGAGUUCUCUGCCUUCGAGACAUUGCACGAGACCAGUGGCCUGAUUGAAACGGCAAAGGAACUGGGCGUGGCUUUUGUGGCGUUCAGCCCCCUAGGACAUGGCUGGCUUGUGGAUGACUUCCAGUACAAGUCUCCCGAUGACUUCGCUCCUUCUGAUUUUCGACGCACUGUCCCUAAAUUCCAGGGUGAAAACUUCUACAAGAACAAGGCUAUCGUUGAUGAGAUUAAGCAGCUAGCCACUAAAAAGGGCUGUUCAGUGGCGCAGAUUGCCCUGGCUUGGGUUACGGCUCAAGGGCUGAUUUCUAUCCCAGGGACGACAAAAGCUUCACGUCUGAUAGAGAACUGGGCGUCCCGUGACAUCGAGCUACAGGAGGAGGAGCUUAAGGAGAUGCGAAGGAUCGUGGACGCUGCCAAGCCAACUGGGGAGAGAUUUGCCCCCGUCUUCCAAUCCAUGGUCGGUCAUUAA